ACAAGAGAGGAGGGUCACAGAGAAUCUAGAAAAUGUGCUACAAAUACCUAUGUCUUUCACUUCCUCAAAAGCCCAGAAAAAAAAAUAAAAAUCUGUCAAAUAUUUUAUUCAUUUAGAUACUUUGUUGUUACUCAUAUAACUAUCAAAAAUAGAUAGCCAAUUGGGUAAAGAAAUGAUUGAAAAGUGAAAAAGAGAGAAAAAAAAAACAUAGUAUGAGAAUAACAAAGAGACCACAUGUUGACAUUUUUGAAGUCAUUGCUUUUUCCAAAGACUUCAUUUUUUUCUAUGUAGAAAGAGAAAGAGAUCUUAAUCUUACAUGGGAUCUCUCUAACAUGUAGCUUCUUUUGAUUUGAUCACACUGGACCAGCAGAAGGGUACUUUUUUUUUUUUUUUUUUUUUAAAGUAUUAUAUGGUGUUCUUAACUGAAUUCUUGAUUUAUGGAUGUGAUGUUUUUUGUCUUAAGGUUUCUUUAGUGACAACACAAAGGUUGUUGCUUUUUUGGUUUUGGAUUUGUGGAAAUUUAUUAAAAGGGAAUUUCAGCUGAACAAAGAAUUCUUAAAAGGAUUCUGAGACUCAAAAUUUUCAAGUAGUGAAGAGGAGGAAUUAGCAGAGUUUUUUUGAGGAAUGGGCACUAAAGUACAAUGUAAGGCAUAUUUGCCGGGAUUUUGCUCCACGAGUGAUCUAAAUAACAAUGGAACUAACAUCCCAUGGCUCCCAAAUCAUGAAAAUAAGUCGAGGAAAAGAAGUCAGUGCACUGAUUCAGUUUUGUCCCCGCAACCAAUUGAUGGAUAUUUUGAAUGUGACAAAGAAAAAAUGAGGCAGACUAUUUUGAAGCAUGAAACAGUUUUUAGGCAUCAGCUCCAAGAACUUCACCGGAUAUACAGAAGACAAAGAGAUUUAAUGAAUGAACAUCAAAGCAAAGAAAUGCGUGACAGUCGAACAAAGAUAUUACAGUCAAGUCCCUCAUUAUCUCAUUUUCCUUCAUUGGAUUCUAUAGCUGGCCAGCUAUCAAUUAAAGGUGCUUCUAAGAACCAAUCGUCCUUUGAUUUUAUAGAGACCGAUGGCAGGUCCAUUAAUUUCUCCCCCCAUGUCACAAAAAGUUCAAAAGAAUGUGAAUCUCACCAGCCUGGUAGCAGUUUGUUCCAGAGAAAAAUGUUCGGCUCUAGAUAUGUAGUUAAUGAGUGCACGAAUAACAAAGAAAAACACUCUACUACGAAACAAUGGGAAUCACCGGACGUUCAAGGGAACCCUGCUGAGAGAAUUUAUCAGAUCCCCCAAAGUAGAGAUGCAAAGGCACCUAUCGCCAGUGCUUUAGAAUUCCGUUCUGAUGCUGAUUUCGACAGAGCUAAAUCCUCAAAAAGGACUGAUGAACUGGCUGACUUAAAUAAACCUCUACCACUUGAAGAAGAUCCUCCUUUGGUGCCGGAUAUGAAUAUAAGCAGCGUUGCUUUCCUUGAGGGUGACAGCUAUGACGGGGCGAAGUUCUCUGCAACGCCACUCAAGGAAAGGAUUGGUGGAAUUUGCCUCAACCACCGGCCUUGCAGGAAGGGAGAAGAGCAGUUAAUGUUUAAGUUAAAUGCUGAGCAAAAGCAACCAGAUAACAGAUCUUCUGGAAGACUUGAAACAGCCGAAAAUUUACCUAAAGCCUUUCAGUCAUCACAAGGUCAUGAACCUUUCAAGCACACUCUCUUUAAGAACAUCAAGAAUGAACACCAGAAGAAAAGGACUAUCUUUGGGGUUGAAAUUCAUGAAGAAAAUCAAAUACAAUCGGCUAGCUUUUCCAUCAUGCAAACUUCCACUCAUAAGUCUAAACCACUUUCUCAGAGUUAUACUGAACUUCUGCGAGACCUUGAGGCUAAUCGAGGCAAUAUGCAUAUGGGAAGUGAUGUCAGAUCACAUUCAAGUUCAAAGAAUGUGCUUCCAUACCAAAAUGUUCUUUGUAAAAGAUCUCAGCUAAAUGCUAAACAAGAUUGGACAAAAACUUGUGAACGUGUGAAUGACUUGGAUUGUAAUUCUGCUGGAUUUAAGAAUGCCAGAGAAACUUCCUGUGUUUCUCAAACUGAAGCAGCUGGCAAAACGCAUGUAUCUGGAGAUUGUCAAAGGAAGCAGGAAAACUCCAGGGAGACAUUGCCUUGGUUAAGGGUGAAAUCACAGGAAAGUGUAGAGCAGACUAAAGGGACGGAAAGUUGUUAUCACUUAAAUCUGGACUCCUUGCAGAAUUAUUCUCAGCAGUUUUUCAGAAGAGAAGAUACAUCAGUCAGCUCCUCCCAAUUUAUAUAUCCGAGACGGGAAACCAUGUCAUCGAGAUCCACCAAUGAUUCUGAGUGCCAGAAGACUGAAGUUACAGACAACACUAAAAUUAGGACAAUUUUCGGUGUUCCAAUUUUCAGUCCCUCUAAGGACUCGCAUGCAGCACAUGCUCUCUCCAAGGCCACUUUUCCAGAUGUUGACUCUGUUACUGCCGCAAACACUUCUGGAUAUGAGACUCUUUCUAGAAAGCAGGUGGAAGCUAAGGAUUUUGUUCAAGAAAAAGGACUAAAUGGUCAUGUUUCUGGUUUAAGGUAUCAGAUUGAUUUGAACUUGUCUUUUGAUGAAGAAGAGGCACCAUCAGCACCUCCUCUUCUUCAGGCUGUGGUGAGGAUUGCAACCACUGAGAUAGAUUUAGAGGCUCCCGCAGUUCUUGAAUCCGAAGAAGAAUGUGUGAAUUCUAAACAUACAUUAGAAGAAUCUAAUAAAUCGAAUGAAGAAGCCAUGAGGAUUGCUGCAGAGUCUAUAAUUUCCAUCUCAAUGUCUGGUGUAAACAGAGAAAUGAAUCAUGUGUUGCAAACUGAACCUAGUGACAGCCUCAACUGGUUUGCUGAGUUUGCCUCCUCUCACAGUAGUGACCAAGAAAGCAUUGCUAGAAAAAUCAACUCAGGUACAAUGUCCGAGUUUGAUGAGGAAUCCAUUCCCGAUUGCUUUGAUUACUUUGAGUUCAUGACACUCACGCUGGAAGAUAUGAAGGAAGAAGAGUAUUCCUACAAAAUGCCAACAAUGGAGAGCCAUAAAGACGAAGAAACGGUGGCCACUACCUUACCAAAAGGGCCUCGAAGGGGGCAAGCAAGAAGGGGCAGGCAACGGAGAGAUUUCCAGAGGGAUGUUCUUCCUGGUAUUAUUUCCUUGUCGAGGUAUGAGGUGAAGAAGGAUAUUCUGGCCUUUGAAGAGCUGUUUAAAGCUAGUGGAUCUUCUUGGCAGUUUAGCUUAUCACACAGGAAAACCGGCAAGAGUGGCAGGGGAAGGCGGCGAUUAGCAAUUGCUGAUCCCUCUCCAACAAUUCUUGCAGAUUGCACGCCCCCAGUAAUCCAGCCUUGUUCUACUGAUUCGGGGCUCGAGGAAAAAAGUCUAACGGGGUGGGGAAAGAGAACGAGGCGCUUGCCAAGGCAGAGAUAUCUCAACCAUAGUCUCGCUCUUCCUCUGAACCAAUGUUGAUAUGUAGGUUAGGCUCACAUCACGAGUUUGAACCUUGCUGCAGACAAAAUCUUGGUCGGAUCUAUUAUCCAUUAAGUUCUGAACCGCGUGAUAGCUGGCUCUCAGGGAUUUCUCAUUUAUCAAAAAUAUGCUGGGUGGAGAAACCUCGGGGUUUAACAGUUUUAAGAGCAUGGACAAGCUAGUUUAGAAUGAGCACCGAAGUUCUUGCAACUUCUCUUAAAGGAUCUCAUGACCAUUAGAGCUUAUUUUGUACAUUUCUGUGUAGUAUAAAACAUAAAUUUCACAUUACUCUAUUGUAGGAGUGUAUUAAUAAUGCUACUUCAUUUCCCCCCUAAUAGAGAUCAAUCUAAUUGGAACUGAAAUUGUUGCUGCA